CCCAAGCCCCGAAAUCGGCGAUUCUAGAAAAAGGCCACUAGAUUCCGAUCCGGAAAAUGAACAAACCAAACGCUCACAUUUCAGUUCCGUUCAUACAAAAACAUUCCCAGUGUAAAAAACGCGUCCCAGUACAUAAAAAUCUCCGAUCCAAAGGAACAAAAGACAUCAAGAAAGAACAUUGCAAACUAAAUACCAUAAACUUCAUGUAAAUUCACAUCAAACGCAAAGAAAAACGCUAAAAAGCAAUGUGAUAUUAAAAACAAAAUAUAUUAAAAUAAAAUUGACCUCAUCAUAGUGCUUAUUGUGAUUGAAUGUGCAUCAAAAUCAGUGGAAAAGCGCCAAAAUAAAAAUAAUAUCAUCGUUCAGAACUAUAUAUAAACAAUCCAUCAACAAAUUAAGCCCGACAUACAAAGUUAACUCAUCAUCAGUCUUAGGAAGCAAUAAUAACACAUACAUACUCAUAUUUAGUUGUAUGUAUGCAUUGAAGUCGCUCGAGCCAUCUGCGAAUAAACUCAUAACUCAACGUGUGCACAUAGUUGCAAAAAAAAAAAAAAUAAAUAAAUAAAAUAAUUCAAGUAAAACAUCCUCACAUAAAAACAAGCAUACCAGCAUAUCGCAAUAAUUUCAUAUUACUUUUAUAUGCAAGCAUAAAUCUAUAUAUAUGCACGUAACGACAAAUCUGACGAAUGCUCUCAAACGUCUACAUCACCCAAUGUGCAACAGCAGUAUCCAGCACAUCAACUACAUAGAACUACUAUAGUAUUUAGUAUGCUAAACUUCAGCAAAUAGUAUUUUAGCAUUCUCAUUGGAAUCCAAAUCGUAAUUGACAUUUGGCAUUUCAAGCAUUCGAGGCAUCAAACAUUGACAUCAGUAUCAGCGCCAACAUAACGACAUCUCAGCAAAUGUAAUAUGUGCAAAUGUGUCAACACCUAAAAGUACACAUCGGCACUUACACGCUCACACAUGUACGUAAAUGGAAUAGAAUACAAGUAAAAUAAAUAAUAAGCAUCGAAAUCAAGUCAUCCGAAGUGAGAACUGCAAGAAACGCACAGCAUUCACACCAUUCAACAGUUGACACUCACAGAGCGGUUAUAGCAUAGAAAUUUAUUCAUUCAUGCAUACAUAUAAAUAUAUGCCGGUAUACGUACAUACAUGUUGUAUACGCUCAUAUAUAUGUACAUCUAAGUGAAGUUAAGACAUACGGAUCACAGUUCAAUAAUAAUUACGUCAUUGCAUAUUUCAUCGAGCUCUAAUUGCUGCCGACCAACAACAUCAUUGCCAUUGUGUUUGUAAGUCAGUGAGUCGCUCGGUCGGUCGAUUAGUCAGUGAGGCGUCAAAGCAGCAGCAGCCACGGUUCUUCAAUCUACAUGUCAUACAUAAAGAACGACGCUGGAGUGCAGCUGAAAGCAAAGGCGAUUUGAGUAGUGGGCAACAUAGAAAAAACAAAACUAAACAAAAGAAAAGUGUAAACAGCAGCCAGCAAAAGCUCUACUGAAGUUUCUUUUAGAACGUUUAAGAGACAAAAAACACCCAAAAUAGAUUUGCGCACGCCAAUGAUAAGAAAAAUUGUUAGUGCAACAACCAACAACAACAACUACGAAUAUUGUUAAACAACAAAUGAGUAGAAAAUCGACGCCAACGUGUAAAAAGACCGUCGAGGACAACACCAUAGUUGUCAGUUUCGUGAAAAUAGACAACAGCGUAUAAGCAUUUAUACCAGGUAUACACGAAAAUUGGCAAAAAUAUCCAGGAAAGAAAUAUAGAAAUAGAAAUCCAUUAACAUUGACUGUGUUAAACAACAAGUCAGAGGAAAAGUGAUAAGAGGGCGAUUCAGAAGUAUCGCAGCUUAAGCAAAAUUCAACAAAGCUCGUCACUAGCGACACAACGUGAAAACGAAGCACAAAGUAUAACUAUAAAACAAAAAGGAAUACAAAUAAUUUAAAAUUCAAAAACAUCAACAUUAUUCCGGCCAUUAGCAACAACCACGCCCAUUUUUUAUUAUCUUAAAUUUAAUUGAAAGACUGAAAGCUUAAAGAAGCCACGGCAUAAGUACCUAUUAAACAUUCACAUAGAAAAUACGCUAUAUUUGACGCCGUUGCUAUUACCGUCCCCGCAAGUUGCUGCAACAAAUAGGUCUCAAUAUGAGCCAACCGAAUUCGCCGACAACACUACAGCAACAAUUACAAUUGCAGGCGAAUUGUGCCAGUUCGGUUGAGAGUUUAAUGAGCAACGCUUUCGAUUUGAUUGGUGGCGCCAGUGCAGCGCAGCAAUUCUUGAAUCAUAUGGAUUUGUACGCACAGCAACAGCGUCAACAGCAUCAGCAACAAUUUAACUACCUGCAGCAGCAGCAGCCGCCGCAGCAACAACAGUUGCUUUCGCAUUCACAUAUGGCCAAGUCACCGUCCUCAUCGCCGACCAAUUUCGGUAGUGGUGGGAGCAGCAACAGUAGCAGCCAUAGCAAUAUAACCAUCACAACCAAUAAUUUGCAUACAAACUACAAUCAUCAUCAACAACAACAACAACAACAACAACAGCAGCAGCAGCAGCAUGCAGUCGCCGCAGCAGCGGCAGCAGUGCAACAGCAUUUAGGCAAUAAGCAUUCCAUAUCGUUGACAUCUUCGCCAAUCACAUCACCAACAAAAUCGAUUCUCACACAAGUGGCCGCGGCGGCCAGCAGUGUCGGUGCUGGUGCCGUUAGCGCCACCAGCACAACAACCACCUCGCCGCCGUCAUCGUCGCCGCCAACCAUUCUAAAUAGUUUCAAUUCACAACAUCAUUUUAAUUUACAUCAUAAUAAUCACCAGAUGGAUUUGCAACAACAACAGCAACAGCUCCAACGGGAGUCUGGCACACAUAAUAUUAACACCGGUAUAAAUAGCGCUAAUAAUAACAAUAACAGCCCAAACAGCGAACUGCUUUCGAAUAGUGCGUCAAUGGGCACAACCACCCCCACCGGUGGUAUAAGCCCCAAUGGCGGCGGACAUCAACAUCAACAACAGCAGCAGCAGCAGCAGCACAACCAUGCUCAUGCGCACGCACUCGCGCAACAUCAGCAGCAUUCGCACCAGCAUCAGCAUCAUCAGCAUGGCAGCAGCACAUCACCGUUCAAGCCGCCAGGUUCAGCGUCCUGUUGGUGUUAUGGUGAGUCAGUUUGUUCGGGAAUUGAGGUUGAAAUUGAAAAUAAUAACAAUUUCUCUCAUGGCGAUUCAUCGUAUCAUAUGAAGAUCCUUGUGCCAGCAGUGGCCUCUGGUGCCAUCAUUGGCAAAGGUGGCGAGACGAUCGCCUCUUUGCAGAAAGACUCCGGUGCUAGAGUUAAGAUGUCUAAGUCCCAUGAUUUCUAUCCAGGUACUACCGAGCGCGUUUGCCUCAUCACUGGCUCCGUGGAUGGCAUUAUGUCGGUUAUGGAUUUUAUUAUGGAUAAGAUACGCGAGAAGCCCGAUCUUACCACUAAAAUCAUAGACAACGAUUCCAAGCAAAAUCAAGAUCGUGAUAAGCAAGUGAAAAUUUUGGUGCCUAAUUCCACAGCCGGCAUGAUUAUCGGCAAAGGUGGUGCUUUCAUUAAACAGAUCAAAGAGGAGAGUGGCUCGUAUGUGCAGAUUUCACAGAAACCCAAAGAUAUUUCAUUGCAGGAACGUUGCAUCACUAUUAUUGGCGAUAAAGAGAAUAAUAAAGCUGCUUGUAAGAUGAUACUCUCCAAGAUUGUUGAGGAUCCUCAGUCCGGUACAUGUCUUAAUGUGUCAUAUGCCGAUAUUAGUGGACCGGUGGCUAAUUUUAAUCCGACUGGUUCGCCGUAUGCCACCAAUCAGAAUGCCAUUAAUACGAGUACCGCUUCAUUGAACUCCACAUUGGGUCAAACCAUCGGCGGCGGCGCCACUGCUGCAGGUCUAUUGGUAAAUGGCACUGGCAUCAAUUUAUCAUUGAACUUGGGCUCACCAAAUCCAGCACCCAACUUGGCUGUGGCUACACAAUUACUUGAGCACAUCAAGGUCGCUCUACGCGGCUCUGGUUACUCAGAGACCGCCACCAACGAAGUGUGCGCCGCUCUAGGCGUACUCGCCAAGUACGGCGUGUUGGGCAUGGGAGUCGGUGUACCGCAUGCUAAUGGCACAACCACACUCGGCAGCUAUCAUCUGGGUGUUUCGGCGUUGGAUCAGCAGACAGCUGCCGCCGCCUCAGCGGCUACUGCCGGCAACGUUUUCGGUGCAGUGGGUCAAGUAAAUCUGGAUCAAUAUACAGCGGCAGCGGCCGCUGCUGCUGCAGCAGCUGCCAGCCGUCCGACACAGUCGCACCUGGAAGCGGCCGCCGCCGCCGCACAAUUCGAUCCGUUCCGUCAUUUGAGUACGAAUGCCGCCACAGCGGCACAAGCCGCCACACCGGUAUCGCUGAAUAAUAAUAGUUUCGGUUUAACAGCGGCCACCGGCACCACGUGUACCACGGCGCAAACUUUAAGUGCUGCAACACACUCGCUUAGCGGCUUGAGCAAGAGUCCCACACCGGGAGAUUUGGGUGCCAAGGAUACCAAAAAUGUUGAAAUUCCAGAAGUGAUUGUUGGCGCUAUCUUAGGUCCAAAUGGUCGUAGUUUAGUUGAAAUUCAGCAUAUAUCUGGCGCAAAUGUGCAAAUUUCAAAAAAGGGCAUAUUCGCACCUGGCACUAGAAAUCGAAUUGUAACAAUAACUGGUCAACCGAGUGCCAUUGCCAAAGCGCAAUAUUUAAUUGAACAGAAAAUCACCGACGAGGAGACGAAGAGAGCGCGACAAAUUCCAUUAACCACUGUUGUGAAUUAAAGCGAAAUACAAUUAUAAAAAUAUUAAAAAAACAAAAAAACAAAAACAUAACCGAAAAAAUAUAUUAAGAAACUCAAAAUAAAAGAAAAAAAAAAAACAAAAAUGCAUUCAGAGAAGCAACUACCAUAAUCAUAUAAACCAGACGAAGAGUAAACAACAAAAACAACAGAAAAAUGUAAAUAGAAGGAAUAAAUUGAAAUACAAAAGUCAGCAACUUAAACGAAAAAGUAGUUAAAUAUUAAAAACAAAAAUUUUAAUUUAAAACUUCACACCACAAAUUCAUAGCAAAAAUGCAAAUUUUUUUGCGUUCACAAAAAAUACGAGUCUAGCGAGGAGAAAGCAACAAAAUGGAAAAUAAUAUUUUAAAAUCGCAGAGAGUUAGUCAAGUAAGGGAAUUAGUAGACAUUUAACAAAGACAUUGCAAGUGAAGAGGAAAACGUAGAAUGCGUAUAAUGUAUGUUAAAGAUUUUGAAAGAAAGAAUUACGGUAAAAAUUUAUAUACGCGCAUACAUACAAAAGGCCACAGCAAAAGAACAAUAACAACAAAAACCACAACUGAAGUAAUUACUCUUAAAUAUAUAAUUAGGAUGAAUUUUAUUAUUAUUUUUAAUAGCAAAAAAGAAAAAAUAGAAAAAAAUAAAAACAAAACAAAGGAAAACAUUGUUAAAAAAUAUUGUAUUUAACUACAAAAGCUCGUUAAUUGUAGUGGGAAUAAAGCGAAAUAUUUACUUAAAGAUAAAAAAGAUGUUAGCAAAGCUAAAAGCAAAUAAGGUAGAAAAAGUGAACUAACCCAAAUAAAAACCAACACCUGAACAGACACAUACAUACAUUUUUCACUUAUGUAGCUAAAUUGUAAACAAACAAAAAAAAAAAACAAAAAACAA